CCAGAAUCUGUGGAGAUAAAGGAAAGAGAGGAAACUAAACAAAAACAGUUUCACACGCACUCCCCCCCUCAGAUUUGCGCUAAUCCGGGUCUGUGAAACUACAGUACCAUUUGAUCCAUUUGGGAUAGCGUGCGGCUGUGAAAUAAAAACCACAGGACUCCAAAUAAAUCAUUGUGUUCUCUUGUUUUUGUGAGCGUGAGGUUUCAGUGCCAGUCUGAAAAGCAAGGAUUACAGCAGAGCGGUUUGAGGGCGAGGUUUGGGGUUGUACUGUUCAAAUUGCAAUGGUCUCCAGUCAGAUGCGAGGAGAAAUUGUUUGUCUGCAAAAUGUAACCCUCAGGAGAUGGAAUCUUAAAAAUUCCAACGUCCUGCUGAGAGAAAUGAAAAUAAAAUGUGUGCGUCCGAGGAAGUCCUGGGAGCAACAUGAAGAUCAAGUGUGAAAUAUUUUAGAGCUUCUCCAGCAAGCUUGAACCUGCAAGUUAUUUUAAAGGAUAUCGUGGAGGAUUAGAUCAAAAACGGACACGGUCCUGUAAAGAUGGGACGUCCAGAAAUGAAAUCAUUUACAGUGGAAUCCGUUUCACUUUUAAAUGGAACUCGCAUAGGGGUUGCAGGGCCAGUUGUUCUGCUAAUAUUAGGGUCAUUUGCUCAAGAUGAUUCGAGGCACGUGGUUAAAUUGAGACAGUGGCAAUAGACACGUUCUUUUCUGCAAAUUCACCUUUUUAAUGAAACUGCCACUGGGGGUGUAACUCCCAGAGCAAAUAUUUCUUGUAGGCAAAAAAAUCAUGUAUGUAGACGCUGGUCCCAACUCGAGUUUUAAUAAAAAUGCACAAGAACCAAAACCUAAAAACAUUCUUAAAUAAAAGUAUUGUGUGAAUCUGGCACGUUCUCACUGUUAGUUCCUGCGUGGGUCAAGCAAAAACAGAUAUCAUUCACUGCGAGACAGAGGAGGGGACAGAUAAGGCAUGUUUAGACAGGAGAGAGGGAGAGAGAAUUUGAAGAUUGUUCACAGCACGGACUGGGGGAAUUUGAAAAUUGUUCAGUCUUAGCUCACAGCUAACUGCAAAGAGAGGGGCGGGGGAGACGUCAACGACAGAGAGUGCACAGUUACAGAGAGAGAGCGAGCACAAGAAAUGGACUGAAGACAAGAAAGGAAGCAGGAGAGAGAAGAGAAAGAAAACGUUAAUUUAUUUUUGGAGAACGACAUGCAGGCAAGAAAUGGUGUGUAGGCGAGAAGGGGCGUAAAAGAGAGGAAGAGGAGGAGGGAGAUCGAAGGGGAGCUAUCCUACAGCCUUGUACACUGUCCUGCACUUGCUCCUCAUUCCUGUUUGGGACUGGCACCGCUGCACCCCCCCCGCCAGGGCUCCGUCAGUCUGUGCUCCAGGGAGGUACAGCGAAUGGGACUGGUGUGUUUUGUGGGUUUGGAUUGUGGGACACCCUGGCAGUGACACCCCACACCCGAGAGGCAAAAGGCUGAGUGCAGGGCUUUGAAAACCCUGCUGAACCAGCGACACUGCAGGCAGGGAGAGAGGGUCAGGACUGCACAGCGGAUCUGAACCAGCGACACUGCAGGCAGGGAGAGAGGGUCAGGACUGCACAGCGGAUCUGAACCAGCGACACUGCAGGCAGGGAGAGAGGGUCAGGACUGCACAGCGGAUCUGAACCAGCGACACUGCAGGCAGGGAGAGAGGGUCAGGACUGCACAGCGGAUCUGAACCAGCGACACUGCAGGCAGGGAGAGAGGGUCAGGACUGCACAGCGGAUCUGAACCAGCGACACUGCAGGCAGGGAGAAAGGGUCAGGACUGAUUGGACAAGAUGGACCCAGUGCAGAAGGCCGUCAUGAACCACACAUUCGGAGCCCCGCUGAUCAGAACCAAGCGAGCAGUGAUCUCCUGCAACGUGUGUCAGAUCCGAUUCAACUCAGAGAACCAAGCAGAGGCUCAUUACAAAGGGAACCGGCACGCCCGCAGAGUCAGAGGGAUCGAGACCUCCAAGAGCCGACCCAGGGAGAACGACAAGCCCCUUCUCCUGCCUGCCCCCGCCCCUCCCUCCACCCCCUCCCCCACCAGCAACCUGGACGAGAGUGAAGCCAGCAGAGCAGAUGAUCAGCCCCUCCCACAGAUGGAAGUCUCCACCCCUGCUCCGCCUCCAGUUCCAGUUGCCCCGCCUCCAGUUCCGGAAUCCCCCAUGCUGCUGCCUCCCUGCUCGCUGUUGCCUUUGCCCGUGCCAGGGGGCGCUCUCAUCUCUUCUCUCCCCUCCCAGGGGGGCUCUGCCGGGGCCAGGACCCCUCGAGCGGACCCUGCAGGAGUCCCCAACGGCUCUCCCCUCACCCCCACCCCAGAAUCUGAAGAGGACAAGGCGAAGAAGCUGCUGUACUGCUCUCUGUGCAAGGUGGCCGUCAACUCCCUGUCUCAACUAGAGGCACACAACAAGGGCACCAAACACAAAACCAUCCUGGAGGCCCGCAGUGGGCUGGGCCCCAUCAAGGCGUAUCCCAGGCUGGGCCCCCGGCUGGCCCCGGAGCAGGGAGGAUCCCCCGCGGACCCCAGCACUCAGGAGAGGACCUUCCACUGCGAGAUCUGCAACGUGCGAGUGAACUCUGAGGGGCAGCUCAAACAGCACAUUUCCAGUCGCAGACACAGAGAUGGGGUGGCAGGGAAACCCAACACUCUACUGAACAGAGGCAAGAAACAGCGGACAGGAGACCUCACUUCCACUCUAUCAUUCUCUAAAGACCUCCCGAAGUCUCUGGGGGCGGGGCUCCUCCCCAGUCCUCUGGUCAUUGCCGCGGCGAUGGCAGCCGCCACCUCCUCUUCCCCAUUGGCUCUCCGGGCAGCAGUAGCCGGCCACGCCCACCACCCCUCGCAUCAUCACCACCACCACCUCCUGCAGGGCCCACCCCUCAGCCACACCCUGCUAAGACCCGCCCCUGGACCUAUCCGCACCGCCCAUGGGCCAAUCAUCUUCUCUCCCUACUGAUCACCCCCACCAGCACAGCCAAUCAGAAGCAGCAAACACUUCCGAAGAGCACACUGUGAAAAAAAACUAAUACAAGAAAACAGCAGGUAUAACGAACCCUCAUUUCAUAACCUGACCUUCCCUCAAUUCCAAAGAUGAUGAAAAACUAACUAAUAAUAAGGAAACCCCUUUAAACUGCUUGACCAACCCCUGACUCUUUCCUUGCCACUGAAACAGAAUCAUCAUAUCAAUCAGAGACACUGGAACAAAGCCAUUGUAUUGCAACACCUUUUUUGGGGAAGUGGGGACCCUAACUCUAUAUUAGGAGAGAGAUUGUGUGCAGGGGAUUGCCAAACUGCGGAGUUUCAAAUUACAGGCUGCUUGAGAAACAGGAGAGGAGUUAAAUACGGUGAAGUGAAGAAAGAGGGGAAAUACCCAGUGAUUUUAGAAAUCUGAAGAACGACAACACUGCUUCAAUUCAGCAGAAAAAAAGAGGAUAACGUUGGCGUCAAUGUCAGAAAUAGACCCAGCAAAAGAGACAUUUGGACAGGCAGACGCUGUGGACGGGACACAUAUAUAUGCAAGGAUGGACUUAAAAUCCCCCCCGCCCCUCCCCCAAGAAUCAAAUGCAUUUUUUUUUCUGUAGAACACAGACAUAUACGAUUAGCAAUGAGAAAAUGUUAUAAAAUAAAAAUAAAUAGAUAUUUUUCUAUUAGAGUUCAUGUUGUUAUAGAGGAUAGGACUUCUAAUGCACGUUUGGCUCGAGUAACCCCCCCACCUCUCCAAACUUGUCCCCCUCCCCAGUUGAAUUAUGCCUUUGCUUGAUCGGACUAUGAAUUUAAAACGGACUAUAUAGGAAAAAACGAACAUGGAGAUUGUAGCAAUACUGAGUCCUUACUGGUUACUCUUAAUUCAUGCAAUAAACAAAUACGAGAAAUAAUAAAUCAAUAAAAAAACUAAAAUAAAAA